CCCCGCCCCGGGCCAUGGCCCAGCCCUUGUCCCGGCCCCUGGUCCCAUCCCGGUCCGGUCCUUGGCCCCCGACCCCGCCCUCUCCCCACUUCCCAAAUCGGUUCCAGCUCCGGCCUGGGUCCCAGCGAAUGCCCAGAUCCGGGUCCCAGCUCAGGCCCCCACUCCAGUCCCAGUCCCAGUCCCAGUCCCAAUCCCAAUCCCAGUCCCUGGCCUGGCUCCCGUCCCAGCCCCUGCACCUGUUUCACCUCCUUUCCCAAAUCCCAGCCCAGCCCCUGUCCCAACCCCAUUCUCAGUAUUUACUGAAGGCGGGGGCCCAAUCCCUGCCCUUGGUCCAGUCCCCAUCACAGCCCCUCCUUCCACCACAUCGCUUACCCUUAUACAAGCUCCAGUGCCCAGCCCAGCCCAACUCUUUACCCCAGUCUUUGUCCUCAUCUCUGUGUUUACCAAAGUCUCUCCCACUACCUACCACUCUCUCUCAUACCCUACCCUUCUCCCAGCCUCGACUCAGGUCUGGGCUCCAGCUGCCAUCAGCCUUACUGCUGCUGUUGCUGUUGUCUGUCCUUGGCCCAGGGGCUGGAGGCCUCUUCCUGACUGACUACUCCACCUGCUCACCCCGCAAGCUGAGUCCCUUCCGCUCCUUUGCCAGCACUGAGCUCUUCCACUUCCAUGUUCCCGAAGACACGUUCCUGGCUGUGUGGAACCUCAUCAUCUUCAAAGAGCAGGGGGGCACCUUUGGGGACCACUGCCCAGACCAAAGUGUGACCGUGUAUUUCCGGUCUGGGGCACCGCCUGUCAUCAACCCCCUGCACACACACUUUCCAGGGGACACGGCUGUGCCUGGGGUUUUCUCACUGACCCUCAGCUGGACUCUGCCCAAUCGCACCUCUGGCAUCUUUAACGUCAGCAGCCCCUUACCUGGGGACUGGUUCUUGGCUGCCCACCUUCCCCAGGCCCAUGGCCACAUCUCUGUCAAGGGUCUCCAGGAUGAGUGUCAGUACCUCCUUCAACCGCAGCUGAUUGUCCGGCGUUUGCUGGAUGUUGCCGUGCUGGUGCCUGGGCGACCCUCAGAGCAAACCCUCUCCCCCCACAAUCGCUCAGCCCUGUACAAGGUCUUUGUGCCCAGCUUCACUUACAGGGUUUCAGCACAGCUGGUGUGUGUGGGGGGCCGAGGGGCACCCGCUUGCCCCCUGACACUGCGCCUACGUCCCAAGGCCCCACCCCUGCACAACUCAAGCUCUGUGGCCUGCGGAGGUGCCUCAGUAUGCCAGCUGGAGCUGGCUCUGCCCCCCUGGGGGCACUGGGUCUACGUGCGCGUGGAGACACCAUCCCGGGGCCCGGGCAGGACCAUCCGCUUCCAGCUGUGUGUGCGGUUGCAAGAGUGCCCACAGCCCAGCCUGUCCCGUGCCUUGGUCCCUGGAGCUGCCAUGAACAUGCCCCAGUCGCUGGGCAACCAGCCGCUGCCCCCAGAGCCGCCAUCCCUCGGGGCCCCUGCCGAGGGGCCUGGGGCCACAUCCCCACCCGAGCACUGCUGGCCAGUGCGCCCGACGCUGCGCAAUGAGCUGGACACCUUCUCCGUCCAUUUCUACAUCUUCUUUGGCCCCAGUGUGGCCCUUCCCCCUGAGCGCCCAGCCGUGUUUGCCCUGAGGCUGCUGCCAGUGCUGGACAGCGGAGGCGUCCUCAGCCUGGAGCUCCAGCUCAAUGUGAGCUCCCUGCAUCAGGAAAAUGUGACAGUGUUCGGAUGCCUAACUCACGAGGUGCCCCUGAGUCUGGGGGAUGCAGCAGUGACCUGUUCUAAAGAGUCCCUGGCCGGCUUCCUUCUCACGGUCAGCGCCACCUCCAGAGUGGCUAGGCUGCGAAUCCCAUUCCCUCAAACGGGGACCUGGUUCUUGACGCUGCGCUCGCUGUGUGGGGUGGGGCCUCGGUUUGUGCGGUGCCGGAACGCCACGGCUGAGGUGCGGCUGCGCACCUUCCUGUCCCCGUGCGUGGAUGACUGCGGGCCCUACGGCCAGUGCAAGCUGCUGCGCACGCAUAACUACCUGUACGCGGCCUGCGAGUGCAAAGCCGGGUGGCGGGGCUGGGGCUGCACCGACAGUGCGGAUGCGCUCACGUAUGGAUUCCAGCUGCUGUCCACACUGCUGCUCUGCCUGAGCAACCUCAUGUUUUUGCCACCUGUGGUCCUGGCCAUUCGGAGCCGAUAUGUGCUGGAAGCGGCAGUCUACACCUUCACCAUGUUCUUCUCCACGUUCUACCAUGCCUGUGACCAGCCAGGCAUUGUGGUUUUCUGCAUCAUGGAUUACGAUGUGCUGCAGUUCUGUGAUUUCCUGGGCUCCUUAAUGUCCGUGUGGGUCACUGUCAUUGCCAUGGCUCGUUUGCAGCCUGUGGUCAAGCAGGUGCUGUACUUGCUGGGGGCCAUGCUGCUGUCCAUGGCUCUGCAGCUUGACCGGCAUGGACUCUGGAACCUGCUUGGACCCAGUCUCUUCGCCCUGGGGAUCUUGGCUACAGCCUGGACAGUCCGCAGCGUCCGCCGUCGGCACUGCUACCCACCCACAUGGCGCCGCUGGCUCUUCUACCUGUGCCCGGGCAGCCUCAUUGCGGGCAGUGCCGUCCUGCUAUAUGCUUUUGUGGAGACCCGAGACAACUACUUCUACAUUCACAGCAUUUGGCAUAUGCUCAUUGCCGGCAGUGUGGGCUUCUUGCUGCCCCCGCGUGCCAAGACUGAUCACCGGGUCCCAUCUGGAGCCCGGGCCCGGGGCUGCGGUUACCAGCUGUGCAUCAACGAGCAGGAGGAGCUGGGCCUUGUGGGCCCAGGAGGGGCCACGGUCAGCAGCAUCUGUGCCAGCUGAGAGGGGCUUUGGGCUGGCCCCUGGGGGACUUAAACCCUUCCUAGGGGAGGAGAGCCCUUCCUGGAGGUCUUCCUGGGAGCAUGGAGCCCUCCCAGGGGUAAGAGACAAGUGGUGUUUCUUGCGGACAUGGAGUCUUUCUUAAGGACGUGGAACUCUUGCAAGGACCUGGCAUACUUCCUGAGGGCCUGGAGUCCUGCUGCAUCUUGAAGACUGGAGCCUGGGUGGGGCCACAGAGCCCCCUCAGGACCAAGCAGUCCCUCUCAGGGGUGUGGAGCCCUUUCCCAGGCAUGUGGGGCCCCCUGAGAACAUGGAUUCCUUCCCAGGGAGAUAAAUGCCUCUCAGGACAUGGCAUCGUUCUUCAGGAAAUGAAGUCCAUCUUGGGGAAGCCGAGUCUUCAGAUCUUCCUAGCAGCCAGCAGCUCUGGCCUUGGUAUCUUCCCAGAGGCAUCAUUUGGGCUGUGCUGUGAGGGGAUUGCAGGGCAGGCGAGGCUGGGCCUGGAGCUGGGGCGGCUGGGAUCCUGAGACGAUGCAGGAGGAGUCUGGUGUGUCUCCAAUGAAGUAUUUGCUGGUUC